GUCGGUGCCGUGCGGGUCUGCAGACGUGGAGGAAGACGAGCGCAGAGGGACAGCACUGGAGUGGCUGCCGCGGCCGGCGAGUGGAGACCUCCUGCGGCGGCAAAAGGCGGCGAUGCGUGCGGCGGGCCGCGCUAGGCCGGCGCAGUAUUUGGCACUCCGGGCAGCAGAAGGCAGCGGUGACUGAGGAGAGAUGGGGACGCAGGCGCGGGCCCGGGAGCGGCGCGGGACGCCGGCCGACCACCCGCUGCCCCCGGAGGGCGGCUGGGGCUGGGCCGUCGCCGCGGGCAUGGCGCUCAUGCUGAUCUCGACGACGGGCCAGUACGGCUCGUUCGGUCUGCUGUUUGACGGGGUGCUGCAGCAGCUGGGUGCGCAGUCCACGGGCGCCACGCUCAUCAUGAACAUGCUGUCCGCCGCAGUCAACUUCACCGGCCUGGUGACGAACCGCCUGCUACGCUCCAUGACGUACCGGAUGGUCUCCGUCAUCGGCGGACUCAUGUUCACGGUCGGCGUCAUGCUCACCGUGUUCGCCCGCAGCAUGGUGCACAUCGUCAUCACCUACAGCAUCAUCGCUGGAGUGGGCCUGGGGCUGGUGGUGCCGGCGUCGUACCUGGCGUUCAACUCGUACUUCCUGGAGCGCCGCGGGCUGGCCAUGGGCCUGUGCCAGGCGUGCGUGGGGCUGGGCUUCAUCGGCGCGCCGCCCGUGGUGCAGGCGCUGCUCCACAGCUACGGCUUCCGCGGCGCCAUGCUGGUGCUGGGCGGCAUCGGGCUGCACUCGGUGGUGGGUGCCGUGCUGUACCAGCCGGUGCGCUGGCACCAGCGCAGGCCGCCGGCGCCGCGGCCCCACAGCGCCAACGGACGCCUCGCCAACGGCGGGCCGAUGCACGAGCUGAAGACGCGGCCGGCCACGGUGGAGGAGCAGCGGCUGUCGAUGCACGUGGUGCCCGCCGAGGAGGACGACCUCGCCUGCGGACGCGCAGUGUCCAAUGGGCGCGCCCAGGUGUCGCAGGGUGCGACGACACCGGUGUCCACGCAAGGUGCGGACUUUGACGAGCGCGUCGUGGUGAGCCGGCGCGGCAGCAUGGUCAUGUCGUCCAUGCUGGACUCGCGCGCUCACCUGCUGCUCAUGCCGGUAGACGAGGAGGGCUCAGCCACUGCCCACAGUCCUGUGGACAUCCCCAACGGGGGGGCGGAGCCGGAGCUGCGCCGUGCGUCGGGCGCGCCGCGGCGGCCGCCCUCCGUAUCGUUGACCAACUUCGCGAGCGGCGUCGUCGCCUUCGACAACGCACUCACCGGCGCCGACGCCGCCUCCAGCGACCAGCAGAUCGUCCAGAUCAUGCAGCGGCGCUCCCGCCGCAGGCUGUCGAGGCCGACGACAGCGCUCUACCAGCAGCAGCGAUCGCUGCUGAACGACAUACCGGACGACGAAAGCGAGGACAUGCGCGCGUCGACGCAGGUCAUGAUCCAGCCGGCGGCGCCGCGCUCCAGGAAGUGGCUGCGCAAGGCGGCCGAGGCGCUGGAGCUGGACCUGCUGCGCGACCCCACCUACGUCAACAUCGCGCUGGGGCUGGCCGUCUCCUUCCUGAGCGACGCCAACUUCUUCACGCUGAUGCCCUUCUUCCUCAACACGGAGGGGCUGGAGGGCGGCGACAUCGCCACGUGCCUGUCUGUCGCGGCGGCCACCGACGUGGUGGCCAGGCUCGUGCUGCCAUGGCUGGCGGCGCUCUGCAAGCUCUCCGCGCGCAACAUGUACAUGCUGGGCUGCAUCACGUCGGCCGUCGCCCGGUCAGCUUUCGUGUCAGUGACGGGGUUCACGUGGCUUGCCAUCAUGUCUGGCGUCGUGGGCUUCUUCAGGGGCGCCAUGGUCGUCAACCUGUCCCUCACCGUCGCAGAAUACUGCAGCCUCGAGCGAUUCCCUGCCGCCUACGGGCUGUACAUGGUUAUCAACGGCCUCAUCACUGUCAUACUUGGGCCACUCGUAGGUAUCCUAAGAGAUGGCAGUGGCAGUUAUCAGCUGUGCAUUCAUGUAUUGUCAAUUGCAAUGUUGUUAUGCGCUCUCAGUUGGAUCUGCGAACUGGUUGUCAAAUGGCAUCAAAAGAGAAAACCAUGGUGUUUGCCCUGUUGGUGUUGAAAACUACUGACACUGGUCUACGGUGACCAACUCUAACAACAGAAAAGUGUGUGUGUGUGUGUGUGUGUGUGUGUGUGUGUGUGUGUGUGUGUGUGGGUGGGUGUGUG